AUGCCACGGCUGGAAACCAGCUCUGGCUGGUCACGUUUCAAAGACGACGUGCGGGCGCUGUUCUCUCCGAGCACAGGAUCAAUAUCUGCACGGACGACCAUCCUCAAACAGCUUCUGUUGCGGUCUGUCCGCAUCUCGCUCGGCUCCUCUUCCUCUUCCUCCUCGACCGCACCUGUGCUACCGCUUCGAAUCCGACCUGCGUUCGUACUGCUCAACAUCCUCGAUCUCAUCUUCCUCGGCGUAUUGGGCUUCCAUCCACGAGGUCAAACAUGGAUCCGCAUCAACGACAAAAUCCUCCACUUUGUGUGCUUCUUUCUCGCGACGGCAAUGUUCUACAUGAUCUGGGACGUGGACGAGCCGGCACGCGCCAGCGCUAUCUGGCGCAAUGCCUCUCUGUUCCUCACUGGAGUGACGUGCUUCUUGGUUGGUGGGAUCGGAAGUGAAAUCGUGCAGAGCCUGUUGCCGUACAAGGUGUUCCAGAUUGGCGAUAUCGUUGCCAAUUUGUUGGGCAGCUCGUUGGGACUAUUCUUCAGCUUUCACCUGGAAAAGAGGUACAGGGCUAAGCGGGAAUUGGAACGCUUAUAUGCGCCGCUGGACAUCGAAGACUAUGGGGAUGUGGACGAGGAAGAGUACGAAGAGGGGGAAGAACUGACCGACGUAACGAACGGUGGCGCACAGGCAGGAGCUGGGAGAGGGUUGAGAUCAAGUUUGAAGCAGAGUCAUGAUGGGAGAGGCAGCUCAGCCGGGAGGAAAAAGACUCGCUUCGACGACAGCAACAUUUGGGAUGACAGCGUCGAUGGAUUCGGUGCAGAGAUGCCGCAGCCGACAACCGUCGUUGCGAUGGGCGGUGCCCCGCAGGAAUCUUCGUCCAGCGCAGCUGCUGCAAAGCCAGUCUCCAAGCAGGACCUGUUCUCGAUCGACGAUGAUGAAGAAGACGAGGAGGAUGAUCACGCUGUUCUGCCAAAGGCUGCGAGCCACGAAGCCAAUGUGUGGAAGCAGCCGGAUUCAUGA